GUUUGUGCUGUCAACAUGUCUUGUUGCUUUCCGUCUCGAAGGGGCUCUCGACAUGCUGUUGAAGGCGAUGAUGUUGUGCAUAGUGUGAAGGUAUUUUCUUACAGCGAGUUGAGAAAGGCGACUCAAAAUUUUAGCGAGGCUAAUAAGAUUGGAGAGGGUGGUUUUGGUUCCGUAUUCAGGGGCAAGCUCAAAGACGGCACGUUUGUUGCAGUGAAGGUGUUAUCCGCGACUUCGAGGCAAGGCGUUGGGGAGUUCUUAACUGAACUUACAGCAAUUUCUGACAUUAAGCAUGAAAACCUGGUCACGCUUAUGGGUUGCUCUGCUGAAGGGUCCCAUAGGAUCCUCGUUUACAAUUAUCUUGAGAAUAACAGCCUUCAGCAGACAUUGCUAGGAGCUAAGUACAGCAGCAUUCAGUUCAACUGGGAGGCUCGCGUGAAAAUUGCCAUUGGUAUUGCACGUGGACUAGCAUUUCUUCAUGAGGAAAUCCGUCCUCACAUUAUCCACAGGGAUAUCAAAGCGAGCAACAUUCUUCUCGACAAGGACCUUACCCCUAAAAUUGCUGACUUUGGAUUGGCGAGGCUCCUCCCUCCCAAUGCAACUCAUGUGAGCACCCGAGUGGCUGGCACAUUGGGAUAUUUGGCUCCUGAAUAUGCUAUCCGAGGUCAAGUGACGAAGAAGUCUGACAUCUAUGGUUUCGGAGUUCUUCUCUUGGAAAUUGUUUGUGGCAGGUGCAACACAAACACAAGAUUGGCUAGAGAAGACCGUUUUCUCCUUGAGAAGACAUGGGCACUCUAUGAGCAAGAACAUCUAGAUGAGAUCAUAGAUGCUGAUAUAGACGACGAACUGGACAUCGAGGAGGCAUGCAAGUUCUUAAAGAUUGGCCUGCUAUGUACGCAGGACGCGAUGGCACGCCGUCCCCACAUGAGCACCGUUCUCAGAAUGCUCACAGGAUGUAAGAACGUCUCCAUGGAGAAGAUCACAAGGCCCGCCAUGAUCACCGACUUCUGUCAACUCAUACCAUCAGGGGCGGAGAAGACGCGCUCGAACACAUCGGGAUCCUUCACCACCACAGAAACGACAGACCCGUUCUCAUCGUCAGACACGGCCACGCAGUCCUCUAUGUGAAGAAAUUGGACAGAAUUAGCGUUGUUCGAUGUGUACAUUGUCGUGUGAUGUUAUGAACCUGAAGAGUACCAUGUCUCGACGAGAGCAGCGACGAAGGGAAGUAGAACGAGAGAAGCAGAGCUCAGGGGGGAAACCAGGACUCUGCGCCGCGCCAAGGGGGAGCAACGCCAAGCCGCACGUUUCACGGGACCAGAAUGGACAGGCCAGCUUCUUUGGAGAGCUGGUAGUGAACAACUGGAAGUGGGGCCCACCUGCGCUUCUACUUCUUUCCAUAAUUUUGUCGUGGUUUAAUUUAAAUAUACACGGUAAUCACAACAAAAAUUAUGGAACGGGAGAGUAACUCCCUUUAGCAGCCAUGAACAUUUGAACGACUCUAGUUCCUCCACAUACUUCUAGCUCUCUCUCCGUUUUUUUCUUCUAAUUCACCCGCAAUAUGCUGAAACAUUUGUAUUUGUGGUUGUGAGGUUUAUGAUUGAAUCUCGUCGCAGAGUUCUAUACACUA